ACCAGGCUUGCUGGCAACAGCCUGUCUUCCCUGUCAGAUCAAUGCGCAGACACUUGUUGCCUGAGAGCGCGUGGAACGAGGAGGGAUCUAAAGGAGAGCCUCACUCCCACAGAGCCGGGGAGAGGAAGAGAGGGCUGCUGACUCAGGAGUCUCUCUCCUCCUCCUCCUCCUCCUCGGACUGAAGCGGCUGCAGAGACGUGAACGAGGCACAGUCAUGUUGGAUGUCCUCCUCCUUCUGUCCCUGACCUCCCCGGUGGUCUUGGUGCCUCCUCCGGGUGCUCCUCCUGUCCCCUGCAGACGCUGCUGUGAUGACGUGGAGCCAGAGGAGGGCAGCGGAGCCGAGCCUCCCAUCGGUGUGUUCAGCCAUGUGCCGGAGGUCCGCACCUACAUCAACAUGACCAUCCUCAAAGGUGACAAAGGAGAUCGUGGUGACAGAGGAACACCUGGUAAACCUGGACACGAAGGCCCUCCAGGCCCCAGGGGUCCCACGGGCUCCACAGGCUCAAAAGGCCAGGCGGGUCUUCCAGGAGACCCCUGCAAAACCCAGUACUCCGCUUUUUCCGUCGGCCGUCGCAAAUCCCUCCACAGCCUGGAGUCCUACCAGGCGCUCGUGUUUGACACGGUGUUUGUCAACCUGGACGACCACUUCGACAUGUUCAACGGGAAAUUCGCGUGCCGCAUCCCGGGGAUCUACUUCUUCAACGUCAACAUUCACACGUGGAACUUCAAGGAGACGUAUCUACACAUCAUGCACAACGACUCGGAGCAGGCCAUCGUGUACGCCCAGCCCAGCGACCGCUCCAUCAUGCAGAGUCAGAGCCUGAUGCUGGAGCUGGAGCUGAGCGACGAGGUGUGGGUCCGCCUGUACAAGAGGGAGAGGGAGAACGCCAUCUACAGCGAUGAUGUAGACGUCUACAUCACCUUCAACGGAUACCUCAUCAGAGCGAGCAUAGAGGGGAAAUGAAUGGCAGCGGGAAGGUCGAGGCGGAGGUUUCGGCUGGUUGGACUUAAACGCAUUGGACUGACGUGGGAGCACAAAGGAAUUCACUGUAAAAUCAUGAAACUGUAAAAUUCUCUUAUUUCUUUCAUAUUUAGAUAAACACGGAGCCGGAAUCGGAAUAGUUACUGGAGAAUGAGCAAUACCUCUCUGAGAAAAUGUGAAGAAAUAAUCUGACUUAAAGUCAUCGCCCCUACGGAACAAAGUGUUUUCUGAAUUUUGGCGGUUUUAUGAGAGAAAUAGUUCAAUAUUUUUGCAUAAUAUGAGUCUUGAGGAAAUGGUACACUGCAUAUUUAUGUCAAACUGCUAGCUAGAACCACCAGCGUAGCAUAGCCUAAAACUGGGAAAAUGUUAACCUGUCUCUUUACACCUCAGAAAAAUUAUUACAUUUGAUUUGGUAACAGAGCGAGACUUCUAGGCUGUAUGUUAAGCUAAGCUAAUUAGCUGCUAGCUGUAGUGUGUAUCUGUUUAGCCCCACUUUAUUUAAGAGAUGGCAGAUGUUUACUGUUGUCACUCUUGUAGGAUAACGUACUGUUUCAUUGGUCACAUGGACUGAUAUUUGAGAUCUGUACAUGGUGCUAACACCUGGUGCUAAGUGAACUUUUGUUGUAUAUAAACUUUGUGAAAAUGCAGGAAGCACAAUGUUCCCUCCUACUAAGAUUUAAUGUCUCAUGGUGACCUUCACAUUUUUUUGGAUUGUAUCACGUUUUGUCCCGGACAAGUUUGCCGGAAGGUGCUGAGUGUCCUCCCUCUCUCCUUUUCAUUUUAGCGUCACGUCAACACAAAGUGGAUGAAUAUCAUGUCACCUGGAACACCAAUGAAUACCAAUAUUGCCAUUAAGCCAUUACUCAAUCAGUAUAAAUGUGUUUAUGACUGUAUUAUCAUCAACCAUUAUUCACCAUUAUUCAUACUACAUAGAACAACAAUGUCAUCUCUACCCUGACAUGUCUUGCGUUUAUGUAGUUCCUCAUUAUGACCACUGGGGGCGCAGUAUACACUGAUGAUUCGUCUCCAGCGAGGUGAAAGCUGAAACAAAAAACUGCUUGGUAAUACUAUAAUUUGUAGUCAUAACACUAAUGUACUAAGUUUGUAGACAGUUUACUAAUGAUGUUGAGGCUGAACAUUGAGCACAGUUCCUCAUUGUGACCACUAGAGGAGGUACUGUCAUUAACUAAAAUGCUCCCAUGUCACACUUCCAGUGAAAGAUUUCAAAAUAAAACAGGGAAACGGG